AUGACUGCUGCUGACCCAUAUUAUGGUGUAGCUUUUACAUCUCUAGUCACUACUGAUGAAACGUUAUUUAAGCAAACUAUCAGAUUUUAUCAUUCUUUAGGUUUUGCUACAAUUAAGGAUUUUGAUAAAUUUACCACUGGUGAAGAUUCUUUAUUAUCUAUUGGUACCUCCCACGAUUCUAUUAGAGAAACUUGGUUAGAAUCUUUUAAAUUAAGUGAAAUUGAUGAAUUAGGAUUUAGAGUUCCUCAACAAGAAGCUAAGAAUAGUAAACAAAGUGAAGGUGCUCUAUUAAAGAUUAGAUUAGUUCAACCAUCAAAAAAUACUUCUGGUCAAAUUAUUGCUAAUUCUAAUUUAAUUAUUACUUAUUUUACUGCUGAAUUAGAAGAAUUACAAUCAAGAUUCCCAGAAGCUGCCAUUGAACAAUUUCCAAAUUCUACUUUAUCCAUCUUACGUCUAGCUGAUCCAUUAGGUAAUAAGAUUGAAUUUACUAACUUUGUUCAUCCAGCUGAUUCUAAACCAACUGAUAAAGAUUUCUUCCAAAAUGCCGAAAAUAACAACGUUGAUUCUGCUACUCCAGCUGCUAUGUUGUCCAACAUUGAAAAAUUAAAGGCUACUUUAGCAGGUGAUAAGAAACCAAAGAAGAAGAUCGCCGUUAUGACUUCUGGUGGUGAUUCUCCAGGUAUGAACGCUGCUGUUCGUGCUGUUGUUCGUACUGGUAUUCAUUACGGUUGUGAUAUGUUUGCCGUCUAUGAAGGUUACGAAGGUCUAUUAAAAGGUGGUGAAUAUUUGAAACAAAUGGCUUGGGAAGACGUUAGAGGUUGGUUAUCCGAAGGUGGUACUUUGAUUGGUACUGCUAGAUCCAUGGAAUUCAAGAAACGUGAAGGUAGAAAGAGAGCUGCAGGUAAUUUGAUCGAACAAGGUAUCGAUGCUUUAGUUGUCUGUGGUGGUGAUGGUUCCUUAACUGGUGCUGAUCUUUUCAGACACGAAUGGCCAUCUUUAGUUGAAGACUUAGUCAAAGAUGGUAGAUUUACUGAAGCUCAAGUAGCUCCAUACAAGAACUUGACCAUUGUUGGUCUUGUCGGUUCCAUUGAUAACGAUAUGUCUGGUACUGAUUCCACCAUCGGUGCUUACUCUGCUUUAGAAAGAAUCUGUGAAAUGGUUGACUACAUUGAUGCUACUGCCAAAUCUCAUUCUAGAGCCUUUGUUGUUGAAGUCAUGGGUAGACAUUGUGGUUGGUUAGCUUUGAUGGCUGGUAUUGCCACUGGUGCCGAUUACAUUUUCAUCCCAGAAAGAGCUGUCCCAGCUGGUAAAUGGCAACAAGAAUUAAAGGACGUUUGUCAAAGACACAGAAACAAAGGUAGAAGAAACAACACUGUCAUCGUCGCUGAAGGUGCCCUUGAUGAUGAAUUAAACCCAAUCACUGCCGAAAAUGUUAAGGAUGUCUUAAUUGACUUAGGUCUGGACACCAAGGUCACCAUCCUAGGUCACGUUCAAAGAGGUGGUACCGCUGUUGCCCACGAUAGAUGGCUAGCUACUCUACAAGGUGUUGACGCUGUUAAGGCUGUUCUAGAAAAUACUCCAGAAACUCCAUCUCCAUUGAUCGGUAUCUUAGAGAACAAAAUUAUUAGAAUGCCAUUAGUUGAAUCUGUUAAAUUGACUAAACAAGUCGCUGACGCCAUUGAAAGUAAGAAUUUCGAUAAGGCUAUUUCCUUAAGAGACACUGAAUUCAUUGAACUUUAUGAAAAUUUCUUAUCUACUACAGUUAGAGAUGACGGUACUGAAUUACUACCACCAGCUGAAAGAUUAAACAUCGGUAUUGUCCAUGUCGGUGCUCCAUCUGCCGCUUUGAACGCUGCUACCAGAGCUGCUACUCUAUAUUGUUUGUCUCACGGUCACAAACCUUUUGCAAUCAUGAACGGUUUCAGUGGGUUGAUCCAAACUGGUAGAGUUAAGGAAUUAUCCUGGAUUGAUGUUGAAAACUGGCACAACUUAGGUGGUUCUGAGAUCGGUACUAACAGAUCCGUUGCCGCUGAAGACAUGGGUACCAUUGCAUACUAUUUCCAAAAGUUCAAGUUUGAUGGUCUAAUGAUUCUUGGUGGUUUUGAAGGUUUCAGAUCCCUAAAACAAUUACGUGACUCUAGAAAGGAUCACCCAAUAUUUAACAUCCCAAUGACUUUAAUCCCAUCCACUAUCUCUAACAAUGUUCCAGGUACUGAAUACUCCCUAGGUGUUGACACUUGUCUAAACACUUUAGUUAACUAUACUGAUGAUAUUAAGCAAAGUGCCUCUGCCACAAGAAAGAGAUGUUUUGUUGUUGAAGUACAAGGUGGUCACUCUGGUUACCUUGCCUCUUUCACUGGUUUAGUUACUGGUGCUGUCUCUGUAUACACUCCAGAACACAAAAUCAACUUAUCCUCCAUUGCUGAAGAUUUGUCUCUAUUGAAGGAAAACUUCAGUCAUGAUAAAGGUGAAGUUAGAAACGGUAAGAUCGUCAUUAGAAACGAAGAAGCUUCAUGCGUUUACACUACUGAAUUGAUUGCCGAUAUAUAUUGUGAACAAAGUGACAAGAAAUUUGGUGCUAAGACUGCUAUUCCAGGUCAUGUUCAACAAGGUGGUGUUCCAUCAUCUAAGGAUAGAGUUACUGCUUCUAGAUUCGCUGUUAAGUGUGUCAAGUUCUUCGAAAACUGGAACAAGAGAAACCUACCAUGUGAUGGUUCCGAUGCCCAUAUCCUUAGAUUCCACUACAAUGCCAAGGGUGAAAAGAUUUAUACAGUUGCCAAUGAAGAUGACUCUGCCGCUGUCAUCUGUGUCAACGGUUCUCAAGUUACUUUCAAGCCAAUUGCCAAGUUAUGGGAAGAAGAAACCAGUGUUGAAUUAAGAAAGGGUACUGAAGUCCACUGGGAAGAAUUCAACAAGAUUGGUGAUAUCUUAUCCGGUAGAUUGAAGUUGAGAGCUGAAGUUCUUGCUGCUAAGCAACUAGCUGAAGCCCAAUUAUGA